UGGCUGUAAGCCUACUACUGUGACUCAGGUAGCCGCAGGUGUGUCCUAAUAUCCACCAGACUGCUUCUGGUGUACCAUCAGUUCUCCUAUGUGUACCGUAGGAAAUGACCAAGCUUGAUUCAAGCCAAUUUAAUCAUAUAAUUUAAGUUUUUAAUCAACCAGUAGUUGUGUCAAACUUCUAUCAAAUCAGGACUGAACUUUUACUUCCGACAUCAGUCACGUGACUUCGACCCACCCUAACUCUCGCGAGGUCAUACCACACAAUAUUCUCUGUCAGCGACGAAAGAACCCAAGAUGGAGCAAACAAGGGCUUCUAACUGUUUUUCCGAGGAACAAUAUGAGGAGGCAAAGGCUGCCUUUGAAUUGUGUGAUACAGAUAACAGUGGUUCUAUCAGUGCAGAUGAACUCGGUAAUGUGUUAGGUGAAUCAGGUGUCAAACUUCCUAACUACAAAGUGCGGGUACUCCUAGAGAAAUAUGACACUUCUAAAGACGGAAAACUAAGCUGGGAGGAGUUUUCUAAAAUUUACAAAGAUUCAAAAGCCGAGACUGAUGUCGGUCACAAGUUCAAAAAAGCAGUGAAUAAAAGACAGGACUUGUUAACUCAUGGAGGAACAUCUGAGGCAUCGGUAUCUGGGACAACUCACAGUGUCAAACAUGCAGAGACGAAAGCAUAUUCUGAUUGGAUCAAUAGAAAGCUGAGUAGUGAUGAGGAUUGUGUGAAGUAUGAAUUUCCUAUAGUCGAAAAGGAUCUCUUCGAAAAAACCAAGGACGGUAUCCUGCUAUGCAAGUUGAUAAACCAAGCGGUCGCAGAAACAAUAGAUGAGCGUACAAUAAACAAAACGAAAAUGAAUGCAUUCACUCGUACAGAAAACCAGAACCUUGUCAUCAAUUCUGCCCGUGCCAUCGGCUGUACUGUGGUCAAUAUUGGCCCAGUGGAUAUAGAGAACGGCGAAAAAAAUCCUCAUCUUAUCCUUGGCCUGCUCUGGCAGAUCAUCAGAAUUGGCUUGUUGAGUGAGGUGAAUAUUGUGAAGCACCCUAACCUUGCAGUCCUUCUUCAAGAAGGCGAGACUAUGGAGGACUUGCUGAGGUUGAGUCCAGAACAGAUCCUUAUUCGCUGGGUCAACUACCAAUUAGCAAAGUCAACUUCAUCAAAACGUGUGUCAAACCUAACGGAGGAUAUCAAGGAUUCUGAAGCGUACACAUACUUACUUCAUCAAAUUGCUCCGUCUAACGCUGGUGUUUCAACGCUAGCUAUGAAUAUUGAUGACACGAAUGAUCGUGCAGCUGCCAUGUUAGAAGAGGCAGAUAAGAUCGGCUGUAAGAGUUUCAUUGGUCCAGCAGAGGUGGUUGGAGGUCACCAAAGACUUAACCUUGCCUUUGUAGCCAAUUUGUUUAACAACUACCCAGCUCUGGAAGAUGCUAAUGUUGAGCCAGUUGACAUGAACCAUGAAGAAACGAGAGAGGAAAAAACAUACCGUAACUGGAUGAACAGUCUAGGUGUUGAUCCCUAUGUACACAGAUUGUACAGUGACUUGAGUAGCGGAUUAGUCCUUUUUCAAAUCUAUGACUGUAUCAGGAAAAAAACUGUUGAUUGGAACAGAGUUCACAAAAAAUUCAGCAAACUUAAAGGCAAUUUUGAAAAACUAGAGAAUUGCAAUUACGUGGUGGAACUUGGAAAUCAGUGUCGCUUUUCACUUGUGGGGAUCGCAGGGGAAAAUAUUCACUCAGAAAAUGAAACUUUGACACUUGCCCUGGUGUGGCAGCUGAUGCGUGCUUACACGCUGGCUGUACUCAAUAAACUAAAGGACAGACAGGAUGGUCAGAUGAUCGCUGAUGCACAAAUUAUUGCUUGGGCAAACGAGAAGUUGGCAAUGGAAGGUAAGGCAAGUAGAGUGGGGUCUUUCAAGGACAGAAAGCUCUCUGAUGGAAAGAUCAUCCUAGACCUGAUUGAUGCUAUCCAACCUGGUUCUGUCAAGUAUAGCAACUUCCAAGAUGGAAAUACUGAAGAGGAAAAUUUAAGUAACGCCAAGUAUGCCAUCUCCUUGGCCCGGAAAAUCGGUGCACGGGUAUAUGCAUUGCCAGAGGACAUUGUGGAAUAUAAACCGAAAAUGAUUCUAACAAUAUUUGCCUGUCUGAUGGUGAGGGACCUUCAGGAUUUGGACCAGAAGGCAGAAUAAACAGGUCAGGUUAAGACCAGAAAGACAUUUGAAAGCAUGGUAGCCCUUUUUAACUCAAGACAACACCAUUAAAAUGCUACACUUGGACAAUUCAACCUCAGAAGUCCAGGACUGGAUAUGUUGAGAACUCGGGGCUUCAUAAUCUCUCCAUUUGAUAGCUCUGCAGCAGCUAGACAUGUAAUUAUUCAUCUCCCAGAGAAAAAACUUAACAGCAGGAGUGUUUUAUCGCGAUUUUCCUUUUGAUAUGAAGUCAAGGUAUCAACUUGGUGAAGGACAUAUAUGGACAUUUUAUUUGUAAAUGUUUUCUGAAUUUGAGAAUUUAGACAGAAAAAAAAAUACUUCUUUAGUAAAUGUUUCUACUUCCGAGAUGAAUUAAAUGACUCACAAUGCCUGAAUAUAGGUGAAAAUGGCUAUGAGUUUCCAAGACCAGUUUCUUUAGGUAGGGCAUUGCAAGAAUCCUAAUUUUACAGUCCCACAAAAUGCCUUGUUGUUUGACAAUCCGUUACAUGUGGUUUAGAUUAGGUAAAUUAUUUUCAAGAAACAAAAUAUGUAAUUGCAAAAUCUGUAUGUGAACAUCUAUAUAACUCCAUGUUGAUCUUCAAACUAUUGUCUGAACUGUAGUUUGAAACCAUCUCAAUAUCUGAAAAACCAGAUGGGUCAGAUAAAUUGGCUUCAACUUGGAGUUACCAUUAUAUGUACCAGUAUGGAAGUAGACACCAAUGCUAUUUGGUGUGAAUGGUUGGUCUCUGGAAGAUGUUUAACUGUAUAUCAUAUAUCAGGCCAUCAGUCUGCAAAGUGUAGCAUGGGUUUCUCAUGUCCUCAUCAGGCGGAAUAUACUUUUUUUUAUCAAAACCAUUAAAAAAUGGAAAAAAAAAAAAAAAAAUCUUGAAAUAUUAUUUCCAUUGUGAAUAAUUUCAUUUACAAAUGAAAGUACAAGCUCUGAAAGAUAGGAAAACAUUUCAUAUUUAUCUUGAAAACAUUUUAAGAAAUUGUUUUGAUUUCAUGUGUAGUACAUAUCAUACCUUAUCAAAAUACCCAUUCAUGUAAUAUUACAUUUAGAUCAUAGCUAUACUUGAGUUAAAAUCUAACUGUAUAUAUAUACAUCAGGAUGAUUUUGUUACAUUUUUUUUUUUGAAAAAAUUAAAUACAAAUUUAGUAUAGAACAUAACCUGGACACAGUUUCUGUAUUUUUGUUUGUUUUUGUUUUUGUUACACUUGAACCAUACCACAUAUGAAUAAGAACAAUGAAGCGGAUUCUUUACCGAUCCGUGUGGACAAAUAACUCUGUGAUAGAUAUGUAUAGCCACUAUAUCCGCUGUGUGUAACUGAUUGUGUAUAUGGUAGACAGGCAUUCAGUCUCUAGGAUUGUUACUAAUGUCCCUGUCUGUUGACUUGAGCAUGUAUGAGAGGCUGUUGAAACAGACAUAUCACCUCCACUUUUAGACUUGCUCAAGUCCAUAGACAUGAAAAUAAUUUAGACUGAAAGCAAGUCUCGAUAUUUACCUAAUAUCUCAUUUUAUAAGCCUACUAUAAAUAAUCAUAUGAGUGGAAAAGGAGUGUGAUGUUUCUACUACACUACCAGGUAGAUGUUUAUUGUUACAGAUAUUUGUACAUUGUCAACAUGCAAACUUUAUCACUUUGUAUAAUGGACCAAUUUUAAGUGAGAAUGGAUUUGUGAUAAAUACAUGGACCAAUUAUAAUACAAUUUUGGACCAAUUUCUGUUUUACUGUUUGGGUGCAUGAUAUAUAUUUACAUGUUGUUUUCCUCAUCAUUUAAAUGUGUCAAAAAUCAGUGAAAUGAAAUUUUGUCGACCAACGUUAUGGGAAUCUAUAUUUAAAUGCUUUACUUAUGUACAUCAGAUGGAUUCAAUGAUAUUCAAAGAACUCAAUAAAGUUUUUUGAUAUUGUUAAGACUGAGAAAGAAAGCAGAUAUUGAAUAUCAAACAAUUGUAGUAUGUCAGUGUUCAGAUAUAUAAAGCAGAUAGUCCCAGCAUUCUGAUUGUAUUUAAACGAAGACGAGUUUGAUUUGACGGGCAUUUUGUCUGACUUCGAAUUACAUCACCAUUCUAUGGUAGCAAACUCAAUGUGUUUAGAAUAAUUUUUUUUUUUUUUUCACAAAACAGAAAAAAAUUUAGAUAAAAAGAAAUGAAUAAAACAUGAAGAUGCUUCAUGAUGGGAUUUUAUCCACUCUCCUUCCAGGUGUGAUAUUGUUACUGUUUAUCCUUUUUCCGCAACGUCUCGAUAGAAUUUUUAUGCCCUAAUUCACUAAAAGGCCUGCCUACACAUAACGGUACUCUGGUCUAUAUGCAGAAAGUAAUGGGACUCGUACUACUUUGUAAUUUAAAGAGAGGGGCCAUGAUAUUGAUCCAAUAUAUUUUGAAUUUUCAUGUUUUCAGUAUUUUAUGCAAAUAGUUAUAUUUCACAUAAAAUAUAGUUUAUACUUCCAUAAUCUGUUGAUAAGUGCAAAAUAUUAUUUUUAUAUGCUUGUUAUCUUAAUAGCUGAUUUUCAAUUUAUCUUUACAUAUUUUCUUUUCCAAAGCUAUUUUCGGCUGAUCUUACGGCUUUGUUUUUUUUUUUUUUUUGUUGAUAUACUUUGAAGCUACAUAUCUUUCCUGUAUUGAACUUUUUUUUGUUCAUUGGUUCUGAAUUUGGUAUUAAUUAAAAACUUUGGGCAUCAAGGUUUGGUAAUGAUAACAUUAACAGAGUUUGCCUGGUUUAAUCUUGGUCUUUUGUGUUUGACUAUUUCGGUCAUUCUGUUCGGUGGAAUAUUUACGAAAUUUGCUGUCUUUUGAUUAACGCUAUGUUUGUAUUUAAAAAUAUUAGUUUUGCUGAAAUAUUUAUCACAAUAUAUAAAUUUCAAUUGGGCCCAUUGUUGGUAAACAACAACCUGCUGAUUAGAUCAUAAUGUAAUAUGUGUUUAUCCUGCUUCAGAUUUUUAUCAUUCUUUCAUAUUAAACAUUUUUACACAUAUUACGGGCCAUGAUUUUACAUGGUUUUGCUAAAGUAGAAUUUAUUUGGAAAUAUGUUCCUAAGCUUUUCAUUUUUCUUUAUAUUCCAACCAUGGAAUUAUUUGAAAGUAAAUACACUUACCUUGAUAAUUCAUAUUACAGGUCCAUUUUGUAAACUAUUGAGCUAUAUAAUAAUGAGUUAUAUGUUUUCAAGUGUAAAGUAAAACCUUUCUAAUCUGACAUCAACAAAAUGUUAGUCAGAUAACAUAGAAUGACGGACUACACAGGUCUUAUUUUAUAGUGUUCAUCAAAAUAGGACCAUAGCAUUAUUUUGAGGAUAUCAGGAUAUGCUUGGGUUGGAUAAGAAAAGUUUCACAACACUAACUGAUGUUAAGGUGCUGGUACAAGUGUACAUUUUUUUUUUAUUAUUUCUCAUAUGUUUCAGCAUUGUCCCAUCAAAACAUCACUCCAGUAAAUUCCAUUGUUUCCAUUUAUCAUUCUGUCUUGAAUCUGAAUGCGAGAUUACAUUUUAACAAACCUUUGAUUCAAACUGUGGUUUAUUAUCAUAAUUGAUAAAAGAAUGGUUAAAAAUGUUCUUGCUAUAUAUAUAAACUGUUAAUUUAAUUGUUUCUUAAUUGUAUUGCUGCUUCUCAUCAUAUGAAAAAGUCCCCAUAUUGUUUGGUUACAGAGAUAGAAAUAUGUAUGUGAUUUAUGUGUGGAAUGACAGAAAACAGAUUAAUAAGCAGGUAAUUGUACAGAUAAAAUUUAUAUUAGUUUUAUAAUUUAACUGAAACAAUAACCCUCAUGAAAUCUAAUGGAAUAUGAAGACAGAUGAUCUUGUAAAAAUAUGAAUAUAUUGAAAACAGGACAUUUCUACAACUGCAGGAUGUUCCCUAUUUGCUGUUUUUUUUAAUUCAAACUAUGGAUGAAAAAUUGGGAAGUGGAAAUGAAGCCAUAUUUAUUAAUAUCUAUUCAAAUUAUUUUUAAAAACAUGUCUAUUAUUCUUUUUGCUUUUUUAUGUAUAUUAUGUAUAUACAUUUAUAUAAUAUAUAUAAUAAAUAACACCAAUGAUUAGACUUAUAUACAAAUAAUAUUCUUUAUAUAAUGUUAAGUUUUCUCUAUACACAUGGACCAGCACACUAGGUGUGAAUUUGAAGGUUUAUAUUAUAUAUUUGUUUAAUAUGCAAGGAAAGAAUGCUUAUACUUUAUUUUAAGAUUGAUUUGAAUUAUUCAUAGUUAUGUUUACACGAGUUAAUGGACAAUGUCCAGCUAUAUACCUAUAUAUCUGUCUGUAUGGUGUGGCUAGCCAGAGGGACGGGUGACCAGAAACUAGGUCAGAUUGAAAAGACCCAUGUAAGUAGUAAGUAAUCUUUGAUAAAUAAAAUUAUAUAUUCAACAA